GUCAUCAGAUCGCGACUCUUCUAAGCGCUGUUUGUUUCUACGCAGUUUCUACGCUUUGCGGAUUUAAUGGAAAUUUCCUCUACUUCUGAUUUAUUGAAAACACUUAUUCAAAUUCAUUUCAUAUUAUAUAUCGCUUUCUAAACGGGAUCUGGACAGUCCGAGGAGAAAAUAUAAUCAGAUUCGUGUCCGUUUUCGUUCAGACACACUUUGACAGUGUAACUCUGCUCUUUAUCACAGAGGUGUAAAUAUCGUCAGAAACAAUCACUAAACUAUUCGUGAUGGAGUAUCACAGCGUGGGGCCCGGAGGUAUGGUGGUCUCGGGCAAUAAUGUACCUGCGUUUCUGACCAAACUGUGGACGCUGGUGGAGGAUCCGGACACAGACCCGCUGAUCUGCUGGAGCCCCAGCGGGAACAGCUUCCAUGUGUUUGACCAGGGCAGGUUUUCCAAAGAGGUUCUGCCGAAAUAUUUUAAGCACAACAACAUGGCCAGUUUUGUUCGCCAGCUUAAUAUGUAUGGCUUCCGGAAAGUUGUCCACAUUGAGCAGGGUGGGCUGGUAAAACCAGAGAAAGACGAUACAGAAUUCCAGCAUCCAUAUUUUAUCCGCGGACAGGAGAAUCUGCUGGAGAAUAUCAAGAGGAAAGUCACAACGGUGUCAAAUAUUAAACACGAAGACUUAAAGCUGAGCACUGAAGAAAUGUCUAAAAUGAUCACAGAUGUCCAGUUCAUGAAGGGCAAGCAGGAGUCGAUGGACUCCAAAAUCAGCACCCUCAAACAUGAGAAUGAGGCUCUCUGGAGGGAAGUUGCCACUUUGAGACAGAAACAUGUUCAACAGCAGAAAGUCGUCAAUAAGCUCAUUCAGUUCUUGAUCACACUGGCACGAUCCAACAGAGUCCUGGGAGUGAAACGAAAGAUGCCUCUGAUGUUGAAUGACGGCAGCUCCACACACUCCCUGCCCAAAUACUCUCGGCAGUACUCGCUCGAGUCAUCUCCUGCUCUCUCUCCCUCCUCUACAGCUUUCACAGGAACGGGUGUCUUCAAUUCUGAAUCGCUUGUCAAGACGGGGCCAAUCAUCUCUGAUAUCACAGAACUGGCGCAGUCCAACCCUGUUGCCACAGAGGAGUGGAUUGAAGACAGAACAAGUCCAUUGGUCCACGUGAAGGAGGAGCCCUCUAGCCCUGCCCACAGUCCUGAGGAGGAGGAGGAGGUGUGUCCUGUGGAAGUGGAAGUGGGAUCCGGUGUACCUGUGGACACGCCCCUUUCCCCUAUAACCUUCAUCAACUCCAUCCUCCAGGAGAGCGAGCCCGUCACUGCCCCGACCCCGCCUCCCAAUGACCAGAAGUGUCUGAGCUUGGCCUGCUUGGACAAUUAUCCUCAGAUGUGUGAGAUCUCUCGCCUUUUCUCCAGCUUCUCCACCUCGUCUCUACACCUCAGGCCUCAUUCCGGGGCAGAACUAAGCGAUCAUCUAGAGACCAUUGACUCUGGAUUAGACAACCUUCAGCAGAUCCUCAAUGCUCAGUCCAUUAACUUUGACGCCUCGCCUUUCUUUGAUAUUUUCACAUCGUCUUCUGUUGAUGUGGAUCUGGACAGCCUGGCUAGUAUCCAGGACCUUCUGUCACCUGAACCUGUGAAAGAAACUGAAUCGGAUGCAGACACUGAAGAUUCAGGCAAGCAGCUGGUUCAGUACAUGUCUCAGCCCGUGAUUCUUCCUGAUCCCGUCAGCACUGAAACCAGUGCCAGCGACCUGCCCAUCCUUCUGGAACUGGAGGGCGACUCGUAUUUCGGGUCAGAACCAGCUGAAGACCCGACCAUCUCCCUUCUUAACUUCCAGCCCCCCGUCCCUGAAGACUCCAAACUAUCAUAGAGAGAGCAGCUUUCUAAAGGGAUUUAUAUCUGUGUGGGUUUUUAAAAAUGUUAUUCUCUGCUUUUUAUUUUUGGUCAUUUAAGACAUCAGGGCUAGCCAUUCGAUUUUUACUCUGGUAAUUCCCUUCACAAUGAACCUGGGAAAAAUCUCUAAAAAAAAUCAGUACAAAGAAUUCAGUAUUCCUUCAAAACCCUCUAUUAUGGAGUUGAAACAUCAAAAUUAACUUUUAUUUCUUGGCUCAGUAGUUUCCUUGUUGUGGCAGUUAUAAAACCUUAAACUAAGAGUGUAAUGCUACAGAUGGAAUCCUAAAUUUAUCGUCCACGCUUUGUGUGCUUAUCAUUUAUUUAGCUUGAUUGGAUUUGCACCAAUACUUUUAGAUCUAUGCUAAUUGAUUGUCUUGCAGUCUGUCACCACUGCAAAACCUCAUGCAUUUUCCGGCUCUUUUGGUUGUCAUGUAUCUAAUUAUGUUUAUAUUAUGUAUAAAAACCACCAGGUUGUUGUAUUCGACACCCAGGUCUCAUAAGUAUGCCACGUAGUCAUCUUCCAGAAGAUUUUCUUUGCAGUAUAUGGUACAGUGGUUAAAUAUCUCAUUGAUAGCCAGAAAAUGCAGUUGGUUUAAUCUGACAGACAUGAAACAAGCAUCAAAAAUCAAUGUUGUGUAAAUCUGUCCAGCAUCCCACUAACUGUCUUCAAAACCGUAGCUGUUACUCGUCAUAUAAUGUCUGAUUUUGGUUAGUUAUGAUGAGUAUGGGUAUGGGUUAAAGGUGCAUAUUUAGAGAUUUUAAUGAAAUCUUUUGUACAAAUAUUAAUAAUCUUUUGCCGUUGAAAGUUCUAACAAGCAGGACAGCCAAUGAUGCUGUAUAUAGGAUUUAUGUUCGAAUAUAUAAGUAGAGAGUCAGUGCAUUUGUUUUGAUGAAACAAAUUAAUUUCAGACUUUGAAAACACAUUCAACAGGGAUGAAUUACACAAUAGGUGUAAUAUAAGGCAGGUCAUUUAUGCAUUGAUAAUAGGUGUACCGGAUGAUCUGAUUGAAAAAUUUGUGCAAUAAUUCAACUCUUAACCAACUUUGACAGCAACACAUUGGUUCAUUUUUUCCCCUUGUUUUUUUGUUUUGUUUUUGUUUAGCAAAAGGAACUAGAAAAUAUAAUCGGUGAAUCUUAUUAAGACAGUGUUGGCAUAUUUCACCUCAAAAUCUAGGGAAAAAAAAACAUUUUAAAGAGAACAAAAAGCCACAUUUUUGGCCACUUGUGGAUGAUUCCCUCUCACUCCCAGGGUCCUAAAAUAGGCUUCAUUAUCCUUUAGCAAAAUGUAAAAUAAUAUACAAUUAAAAUAUAUAUUUUUCUCAUGAUUUGGGUAAAAUGCGACCUGGACCUUUUUGUGAGAUUCACAUGUAAAUUGGAUACCAAAAUAAAGAUUUUUGGUGCAACUUCUACACAUGCUUUGCCCUAUAGACUUCUAUCGUUCAAUGCAUGUUUAUUUUUGGAUGGUCAGCGCAGUAGAGGAACUUGGGGAGGAAUGUCACCGUUUGAUGGUUCUAGUCAUUUUCAGUCACAUUUUAGUCAUUGGAUGACUCCUAGCCAGAGAGACUAAUAUUAGGCAUAAAUUAUUUUAUUACGCAUGUGAACAACACUUUGUGUAUUGAUAUGUUUCAAAUAAAAUGUUUUUAAAAGUA